AUGGAAAAGAAGCUCGUGAUAGUCAUCGUCUGUUCAGUGAUGCUGGUGGCGAUGAUCGUGGCCCUCGUCGCGCUUAAUCUCGCCGGCGGCGAGGAGGAAGAGCCGCCUGACGUGGCGGCGUCCCGGAAGGCGAUCAUAACAAUAUGCGACACCACGGAUUACAAGGAGACUUGCGUCGAAAGCCUCCGGUCGGCCGGGACGAACUCCACCGAUCCCCGGGAACUAAUUCAGUUCAUCUUCCGGGCGGCAAUCGACUAUGUCAGAAAGGUGGCCGGAAAUUCGAGCGUGAUCCGCCGCCUCGAGAGCGAUCCGAGGGGGAAAUCAGCUCUCGAAACGUGCGAAGAGCUCGCAAACCACGCUGCUGGCGAUCUCGACCGGGCAUUGGCCAAAUUCAACAGCUUUGACGUGACGAAAGUCGACGACAUCCUCCUCGACUUGAAGAUUUGGAUCAGCGCUGCCGUCACGAACCAGGAGACGUGCCUCGACGGCUUCGACGACGUCCCCGGAGACUCCGGCCGGAGAAUGAGGGAAGCUAUGACAACUAGUAUGGAGAUGAGCAGCAAUGCCCUUGCUAUGGUCGAAGAACUCUCGACUUAUCUCGAGUCUCUUUAUAUAGGCCUCGGGUUUCAAAGCUACAGGCAACGUCGUCUCCUCUCGUUAGGGAAUCCGGCCGCCGGAGGAUUCCCCGACUGGGUGGACUUUAACGGCCGGAAACUUCUAACCUCCCCGCCGCAACACAUCAAGCCGAAUCUCGUCGUUGCGAAAGACGGAAGCGGCAAGUACGCGACUAUAAACGAGGCAUUGAAAGACAUCCCAAAGGAUAAAAAUGAAAUAUUCAUAUUAUACGUAAAAGAAGGCGUUUACGAUGAGACAAUUAAGAUCGGCAGUAGUUUGAGACAUCUGAUGCUGGUCGGCGACGGGCCGACCAGAACAAAAAUAACUGGAAAACUAAACUAUGUUGAUGGCGUCAACACCUACAACACGGCAACUUUUGCUAUCCACGGAGACGGCUUCUUCGCGAGGGACAUCGGGUUCGAGAACUCGGCCGGGCCGGAAAAGCAUCAGGCGGUGGCGCUGCGAGUAAGCGCCGAUAAGGCCGUGUUCCACAACUGCCGUGUCGACGGCUAUCAGGACACGCUCUACGCGCACACGUAUCGACAAUUCUACCGCGACUGCGUCGUCUCGGGGACUAUCGACUUCGUCUUCGGCGACAGCGCCGUCGUCUUCCAAGGCUGCACGAUGCUGAUCCGGAAGCCGUUGCCGAACCAGCAAUGCGUCGUCACGGCGCAGGGCCGGAAGGAUGUUCGCCAGCCGACGGGAUUAGUCCUCCAAAAUUGCACGAUCAAAGGCGACGACGAGUAUAACACGGUGAAGGGCACAACAGAGUCGUUCCUUGGCCGGCCGUGGAAACAAUACUCUAGGACGAUUAUAAUGGAGUCGUUCGUCGACUAUCCGAUCCGGCCGGAGGGAUGGGCGCCGUGGAACGGCGAAUUCGCGACCGAUACUCUGUUCUACACCGAAUUCAACAAUCGAGGUCCCGGCGCGCCGAAGAUGGGCCGGAUUAAAUGGCACGGCAUUAAGGAGCUCCCGCCGGAUCGGAUUGAGCGGUUCACUGCUGCGGAGUUUCUCGAUGCCAACCGGUGGAUGCCGCCGACGAAGGUCCCGUACGCUCCCGGAUUCAUCUUCCCGGUCCCGAAGGAAGAUCCGAACGUCAAGUACUCGCCGGUGGCGCCGGAAGAAACCAAAGAUUUGGGAUCGGUGGUUGAAGCAGAAGCUAUAGCUUCGCUGUCGCCGUCGCCGAAAUCAGCCCCGCCGGAGACUGUUCCGAUUGCUUCUCCGACGAUGUCAUCGCCGGCAAGCAGUCCUGCCGGCACGGCAACAUCGGCUCCUUCACCGGCGGGAACAAUUAAUUUCCCGACGAUAUCUCCGGUCAAUCCAGUUUCGGCUCUUCCUCCGGCGGGGGCAGUUAAUAUUCCGACGAUAUCUCCGGUCAAUCCAGUUUCGGCUCUUCCUCCGGCGGGGGCAGUUAAUAUUCCGACAAUAUCUCCGGUCAAUCCAGUUUCGGCUCUUCCUCCGGCGGGGGCAGUUAAUCUUCCUACGAUAUCUCCGGUCAAUCCAGUUUCGGCUCUUCCUCCGGCGGGGGCAGUUAAUCUUCCUACGAUAUCUCCGGUCAAUCCAGCUUCGGCACCUCCUCCGGCGACGGUUCAAAUUGAUUCUCCGGCCAUGUCUCCGGUCAAUCCAGCUGCGGUUACGAUUGUUUCUCCGAAUACAAUCAGUCCUACUGCGACUCCAGCUUCAGCACCUGAGGUUGGUUCUCCGGUACCGGCGAGUUCUGGUGUUCCGGCAAUGUCUCCUAGCGGCAGUCCUGCUUCGGAUCUACCAGACAACAAAAUCAGUCCAGAAUCAGAUUCUGCUUCGAAGUUUGAGUCAUUCGUAAGGGAAUCGUUGUUCGGUGUUUCUUCUCCCAUGCCUUACGGUUAG